CCCCUCCGCUCCAGCCUGACGUCAGCUGGGUGCUCGGCUGAAGGCUCCAGUCCCGCUCCGGCUGGAAUUGGGGAAUGACGAGCCUCGCCCGGCCACUUCCCUCCGCGAGAGCCCGGGAACCAGCGGGGGCUAGGGCCGGACUUUCCCAGUGUAUCUAAUGCACCAUGCCCAACGCUCGGGUUUUGAUCUUCGUGUUAACCUUCCAGAUCUGCUCUCUGGAAACGGAGACGCCGACAGCCGGCUGCACCUUCGAGGAAGACGCGGAUUUAAACCAGUGUGAGUACAGCCAACAGGACUACGAUGACUUUGAGUGGGAGCUAAUCCGGAGCUAUGUCAUGCCUCACCUGACCUCUGACCUUCCUCAUGGUUCCUACCUGAUGGUCAACUCCUCCCAGCAUGCGCCGGGGCAGAAAGCUCACCUCCUCUUCCAGACGCUGAGUGAGAAUGACACCCACUGCCUCCAGUUCAGCUACUUCAUGUACAGCCGGGACGGCCAUAGCCCCGGCUCCCUCAACGUCUACGUGAAGGUGAACGGGGGCCCACUGGGCAGCCUGGUGUGGAACGUGUCUGGCUUCCACGGGCGGCAGUGGCACCAGGCUGAGCUGGCGGUCAGCAUGUUUUGGCCCAACGAAUACCAGGUCCUGUUUGAGGCGGUGAUCUCUGGCGAGUGCAGAGGAUACCUUGGCUUGGAUGACAUCUUGCUCUUGAAUUAUCCAUGCUCCAAAGCGCCUCAUUUCUCCCGCCUGGGCGAUGUGGAGGUCAACGCUGGGCAGAAUGCCACCUUCCAGUGCGUGGCAGCCGGGAAGGUGCUGGAGGCGGAGAGGUUCCUCAUGCAGAGGCAGAAUGGAGCGGUCGCCCCAGCCGCCUCAGUGAAGCACAUCAGCCAUAGACGGUUCCUGGCUACCUUCCAGCUGGACGAGGUCUCCAAGGGGGAGCAGGAUCUUUACCGCUGCGUCAGCCAGUCUGUGCGGGGCUCCGGUGUCUCCAACUUUGCCGAGCUCAUUGUGAAAGAGCCCCCCACGCCCAUUGCUCCACCCCAGCUGCUCCGAGCAGGUUCCACCUACUUGAUCAUCCAGCUCAAUACCAACUCCAUCAUCGGCGAUGGCCCCAUUGUGCGCAAGGAGAUCGAGUACCGCAUGACCUCGGGGCCCUGGUCGGAGGUCCACGCCGUCAACAUGCAGACCUACAAGCUGUGGCACCUGGAUCCCGAUACGGAGUAUGAGAUCAGUGUGCUGCUCACGCGGCCGGGGGAUGGAGGGACUGGCAAGCCGGGGCCACCCCUCAUAAGCAGGACCAAAUGCGCAGAGCCCAUGAGGGCCCCCAAGGGCCUGGCCUUCUCUGAGAUCCAGUCCAGGCAGCUGACACUGCAGUGGGAGCCGCUGGGCUACAACCUGACGCGCUGCCAUACCUACAUGGUCUUACUCUGCUACCGCUACUUCGUGGGCACCAGCCACAACCAGACCUUCCGGGAGUGCAUGAAGAUGGAGCACAACAUCCACCACUACACCAUCAAGAACCUGCUGCCCUACAAGAAUGUCCACGUGAAGCUCAUCCUCUCCAACCCCGAGGGGCGCAAGGAAGGGAAGGAGAUGAUAUUCCAGACGGAUGAGGAUGUCCCUGGAGGCAUCGCCUCAGAGUCACUCACCUUCACCCCCUUGGAGGACAUGAUCUUCCUGAAAUGGGAAGAGCCACUGGAAGCGAACGGGCUGAUCACCCAGUAUGAGAUCAGCUACCAGAGCAUCGAGUCUUCAGACCCAGCCGUCAACGUGCCAGGCCCCCGCCGCACCGUCUCCAAGCUCCGCAAUGAGACCUACCACGUCUUCUCCAACCUGCACCCAGGCACCACCUACCUGUUCUCCGUGCGAGCGCGCACUGGCAAGGGUUUCGGCCAGACCGCACUGACCGAGAUCACCACCAACAUCUCUGCUCCCAGCUUCGACUACGGGGACAUGCCGUCGCCUCUAAGCGAGUCGGAGAGCACCAUCACGGUGCUGCUGAGGCCGGCGCAGGGCAGAGGGGCCCCCAUCAGCACCUACCAGGUAAUCGUGGAGGAAGACCGGCCCAAGAAGAUGAAGCGGGAGCUGGGGGGCCAGGACUGCUUCCCGGUGCCGCUGACCUUUGACGACGCCAUGUCCCAGGGCUCUGUGCACUACUUUGGGGCCGAGCUGCCUCCCAACAGCCUCCCCGAAGCCAAGCCCUUCACCGUCGGGGACAACCAGACAUACAGCGGGUACUGGAACCCCCCGCUGGAGCCCAAGAAGGCUUAUCUCAUCUACUUCCAGGCCAUGAGCAACCUGAAAGGGGAGACCAGACUGAACUGCAUUCGGAUCGCCCGCAAAGCCGCCUGCAAAGAGAGCAAGCGUCCCCUUGAGGUGUCCCAGCACUCGGAGGAGAUGGGCCUGAUCCUGGGCAUUUGUGCCGGGGGGCUGGUUGUCUUGAUUAUCCUUCUUGGAGCGAUCAUUGUCGUCAUUCGGAAAGGGAGGAACUACUAUUCCUAUUCCUAUUACCCGAAACCCAUCAACAUGACCAAGGCUACAAUUAACUCCCGCCACGAGAAGACCCACAUGAUGACGCCACUCGACCGGAGUUUCACAGAACCGAGCACCCUGCAGGAGGACGAGACUUGGCUGGGCCCCCUUCUGUCCUUCAUGGAUGCGCACAACUGCAGCAACAGGGGUGACCAGCGCAGCAGUGUGGUCAACGAAUCCAGCAGCUUGCUUGGAGGUUCCCCACGGCGCCAGUGUGGGCGCAAAGGCUCCCCAUACCACACCGGGCAGCUCCACCCUGCCGUCAGAGUGGCCGAUCUCCUCCAGCACAUCAACCAGAUGAAGACAGCGGAAGGCUAUGGCUUCAAGCAGGAGUAUGAGAGUUUCUUUGAAGGCUGGGAUGCAUCCAAGAAGAAAGACAAGACCAAAGGGAGGCAGGAUCACAUGCCAACCUACGACCGACAUCGAGUCAAGCUGCACCCGCUGCUCGGGGACCCCAAUUCGGAUUAUAUCAAUGCUAACUACAUCGAUGGUUACCACAGGUCCAACCACUUCAUAGCCACUCAAGGCCCCAAGCAGGAAAUGGUGUACGAUUUUUGGCGCAUGGUGUGGCAAGAGCACUGUUCCAGCAUCGUGAUGGUCACCAAGCUGGUGGAGGUGGGAAGGGUGAAGUGUUCCAAGUACUGGCCCGACGACUCCGAGAUGUACGGAGACAUCAAAAUCACCCUGGUCAAAUCGGAGAUGCUGGCGGAAUAUGCUGUCCGGACGUUCGCCCUGGAGAGGAGGGGCUACUCAGCGAGGCAUGAGGUGAAGCAGUUCCACUUCACGUCGUGGCCCGAACACGGGGUGCCUUACCACGCCACCGGGCUCUUGGCCUUCAUCCGGAGAGUGAAGGUUUCCACACCCCCCGACACAGGGCCUAUAGUCAUCCACUGCAGUGCUGGCACCGGGAGGACAGGCUGUUACAUCGUCCUGGAUGUGAUGCUGGACAUGGCUGAGUGCGAGGGCGUUGUGGACAUUUACAACUGCGUGAAGACGCUGUGUUCGCGGAGAAUCAACAUGAUCCAGACGGAGGAGCAGUAUGUCUUCAUCCACGACGCCAUCCUGGAAGCCUGCCUGUGUGGGGAAACUGCCAUCCCGGUCAGCGAAUUCAAGCCGACGUACAAGGAGAUGGUCAGGAUAGAACCGCAGAGCAACUCCUCGCAGCUGCGGGAGGAAUUCCAGACCCUGAACUCGGUCACGCCCCACCUGGACGUGGAGGAGUGCAGCAUCGCCCUCCUGCCGCGGAACCGGGAGAAGAACCGCAGCAUGGACGUCCUGCCUCCGGACCGAUGCCUUCCCUUCCUUAUCUCCAUGGACGGGGACAGUAACAACUACAUCAACGCGGCCUUAACCGACAGCUACACCAAGAGCGCGGCCUUCAUCGUCACCCUGCACCCUCUGCAGAACACCACCACGGAUUUCUGGAGACUGGUGUACGACUACGGCUGCACCUCCAUCGUCAUGCUCAACCAGCUCAACCAGUCCAAUUCUGCCUGGCCCUGUUUACAGUACUGGCCUGAGCCAGGGCUCCAGCAGUACGGACCGAUAGAAGUGGAGUAUGUUUCCCGAUCAGCUGAUGAGGAUUUCGUUGCUCACCUCUUCCGGGUGCAGAACAUCACACGGUUGCAGGAAGGGCAUCUGAUGGUCCGGCAUUUCCAGUACCUGAGGUGGUCAGCGUACAGGGACACGCCAGACUCCAAGAAGUCGUUCCUGCACCUGCUGGCCCAAGUGGAGAAGUGGCAGGAGGAGAGUGGCGACGGGAGGACAAUCGUGCACUGCUUGAAUGGGGGUGGUCGGAGCGGCACAUUUUGUGCCUCUACCAUGAUCCUGGAGAUGAUCAAGUGUCACAACUUGGUGGAUGUUUUCUAUGCUGCAAAGACCCUUCGCAACUACAAGCCAAAUAUGAUCGAGACCUUGGAGCAGUAUCAUUUCUGCUACGACAUAGCACUGGAAUACCUGGAAUCACUGGAGACAAGAUAGCAUCGUGCCGGAAGAUGGAAAGCAAAUGUCUGUUUUGAGUUCACGCCAAACAUGCAUUUUGCACUCAGACUUUGAGCUAGUGCAACUGGCGAGAGGGAGAAAAAUAAUAAUGGACAGAAUCAAAAAAAUACAAUAAUGAAAAACAAAAGGCAGGACGUGGGGCAAUGUCGGCCAUGUUAGAUCUUCAUCCUCCUGCUCUCCAUCUCCCAGGCCCUCUUUCCACUCACAUCAUGAGACAGAGCUCAUACAGGUUGGUUUCCAGCACUUGCUCCAUUACCACAGUGAUGCCUCCGUGACAGCCAGGACAGUGAAACAUACAAGGGCGAGCAAGGGGACUUCACCCGUGGACACCUGUGGACACAUCCAACGCACAGAGCAGAUCGAGGUGAAAGCAGAGGCAAUGUGGGAAGGGAAAAAAGAGGAAUUCCAGCUUGUUUCUCAGUGAUGGUUACAAAGGAUUUAUGAAAACAACCGUAGUUGGGUUUUUUUAAUUUUAUUUUAAGUCUAAGCAGCUUUUCACAGGCACCCAGAAGGUCAUCUGCAGGCUUUGGCCUCUGUGGAGACACAAGCCACAUUGGAGUGAAGACACUAAAGCGAGUUGUGUCAUUUCCAGUCUCCGUUGUAAUCAUGAGUUUGAUGUUUGCUAAUGGAUGCCAGCUUCCCGAGA